UCAUUUGACUAUGCUUCCGAUCGUCAUUGCACCGAGGAAGCCUGUGAAUCCAGGCAGAUUCCCCCUCUUCCAAAAGAUGCUAUGGCAUUUAGCCCCCUCAGGCUAAUUUCUCCAUCUGCUAUGCAGGUGGGUAUUUUAGAAACGCUGAGUAAUGUUUUGCCUGUACCAAAGAAGGAAAAUUCCCCUCCAUCUCUACACUUAGAUAGGCCAGGCACUGAUGUAACCAUAGGUUGCAUGAUUACUGAGACUGGCAUGACAUGCGAUCGAUCCCGUCGAGCUUCUAGCAGCGCACUUGAGGCCUGUUCAUCAUCUGCUGCUCCUCCUCCGACCCAUUCGUCUUCUCACUUCAAUAGGAUAUUUGUCCAACCAAAUCUUCAAGCUAGUGCUUGCUCGAGUUUUUCUAAGGAAAAGGAGAAUGUUUCAAAAUCUUGUCUUAGACGUUCGGCUAGGACCUUAAACGACGGUGUCGAGAGCUGCCUAAGAGGUCCAUACAGAUCUCAUGAUGCGGCUGUUGAACGCUUAAUCACAUUUGGGAGCGGGCGUUUUUCUCACCCCUCUUCGCCUCCUCUUCACUCUUUAUCGGCGAAUGGAGGUCCAGGUUGCUCUGGACUUUAUUGUGGAUGUUCUCAUUCAUAUUUUUCGAGUGGAUCGAGUCAUGGAUUUGCUAAUCAAAAACAUAAGCAAAAUUCUCCUCACAAAGUGUCAUUGAGCCAUAAUCCGGUUCGCAGAAAAUCUAAUCCUCUACAUGAUGUGCUGAAAUUUCAUACCAGCCAGUCAAAGAGUCCACCACCUGCCCUCACAACAGAUAAGGGCGCGACUGCUGUUAAAAACGAUUUAGACUCGUAUAUUUCUCAGCAUAAAGAGCUGAUAGGCCAUGAUCAAGACGCUGAGCUUACGAACAAAAAUAGCUUGGAUCCAAGCCUUCAGAGAAUGGCAUCAGAUAUAUCUCGCCGGCUUUCUGAAGAACUUAUUGCACUUUCCAUUACCGAUUCGCAACCUACUACUAAGCCUCUGGCUAAAGCAGUUGCAAUAGCCCUUCGUAGGCAGCAACAAACAGAACGCCUAUUGAUGCGCCACAUGCGUCGCUAUGGCUUCAUUUCGCCGUUGAGAAAUCUUUUAUCUUCAUAUCGCCGGAACCUUCAUCUGGGCAAUCGUAUUCAUCGUUUCAGACGGGCGAGAUCAAAAUCGAGUUCUAAAUUAGUUGGGUCUAUGUGUGUAGCCAGUCAGGGUGUCGACAGCAACAGUACGGAUGCGGAUGAUGAAUUUGAUGAAGACUUUGGAAAUAUUGAGGACAAAGAUUCGGAACUGGCUCUUCUUCAUUUAUGCCUUGAUCAGGCUCUUUAUGUUUCUCCAUCCCGAGAGGUUACCCCAAAACUGUCAUCUCAUCAAUAUACCUUAGCCACGCUUAGGCCCAAAACAGGUGUUUCUGGUGAGGAGCGUGAGAGUGGUUACGGUGCUUCAGCUACUUCUUCCUUGGUCCACCCUUCUGAUGACCCAGAUGAUCAAGGUGCUAUUGAAAGGCCCAGUUCAUCCAAGGCCAAAAGAUCGGAUGAGCUUCAUUGUGAUAGCAAAUUACAUCAAGAAUGCGGUGGCUGUGGGACCCCUACAGCCUCUACUACUGCCACUCGCAGUAGUAGCAGGACAACCAGUAGUCGAUCUCUCUCCACUUCAAACGAUGCCCUUACCGGAAUCGAACUCAAUUAUUAUGACACUCUAGUUCCUACCGGUGAGCCUGUUAUACUCCAUCAUCCUCUGCUUGCUUCCUGUCAGUCUUUCAAUCCCCAUCUAUAUCCUGAUAGCCCUUCUUGCAUUGGAACCACUGUACAAUUGGGAGAUGGUGGCGUGCCAGGGACUCAAACGGGCAGACGAAACAGUCAGCGGCGCCACCGAGUUCGAAUUCUGGAUGAACAUAAACCAUCUAAUCUUACUUCGAGUCGAUGGGAGGAAGUAUCCAAGGUACAGCCUGCUUCUGUCUUGACGCACGCUUUGGAUACUGCUCUGCGCUGCCAACAUGUCGAUAGUGGUGAACUUGGCCAUGAUCAAACAACAAAGGGUGAUCGACGAUCCCAUUUGAAGACAAUAAAGAAGGGAGAUCAAUAUGAAUAUCCCAUCAACGAUGAAGAGUUAGGGGGGACUGGACAAUAUUCUCUUAGCUUGGGUGUUAAGGAGGCAUUCACCAAAGCGGUAGAGAGACUUCGACGGCGACGUUUCUAUCUCACUGGUUCUGCGUCAGGUCGUUCAAUUCCAAUCUCUUCGGCAGCCUGUUUAACUAAUAAACGUGCUCCUGAUGCUUUCCGCAAUCUGUCUGCCAAUCAAUAUGACGCUGGCUCGGCUGUCGUAGCAAAUCAAGGGAAUGAAAUAGAAUACGAUGAAGAUGAGGAAGACCGAUUAUCCUUGGAUGCCACAUCAUUACACAGUAUUGUUGGCGGACCCCCAGAACGAUGGCCCUCCAAUCAUUUGCUUCCUAAAGCUAGUUUAGAUUCCAAUGGCCUCGACCUAUUGAGCCAGAAUAUCUCCAACCUUCAGUCUCCCUUGCAUGGCAUUAGCCCAUCCACACUGACCUCUGCAUGUUGCUUGACUAGUCCCCAAUCUCAUCUUCAUCCGACAUCCAUAGCUAAUGCUUCUCAACCGCAGACUGCAUUAGCGAGUCCCUCUUUCACUUCACCUGUCGAUAACCCUUCUAUUGCUUGGACGUCUCUUAUCUCACCACCAUCGUCCUCCCUCAUUCUAGUGUCAGAUUCAAAUGAUCAUAAAGCCCUGUCCGGCCAAAAGGUCAGUAGCUGCUCUAAUUUCAGCCCCGAGCCCUCUAUCGCGAAUCAAGCCUCAACUAAACCUUGUUCAACACUUUCCUCUACUAUAGUCUCUGCUCCAGUCGCAGUAAUGGCUCCCAUAUUCGUUCCACCUUUGCGGCAACACUUGUUCACACCAACCUUUUACACACUGCCUCAGCACCAUCAAUCAACUCAAAAUAUUCCUUUUCCAGUGCCUUUCUAUGGAGCCUCUAUCACCACUGGCGCGGUUAGUCUGCUCAAUCGCUUUAAUUCAGCUCCUCUACCUGUGCCCUCAGAAACUUGUAGCGAUAGCACUUAUUUGGCUUCUGCUUUUCACAGUGUCUGUGGUGCCAGUCGGUCCCUUAUGUCCUACACUCCAACAGGAAAUCUGUUAAGCCCGACGAUACAGUCAAACAUGCCAGCACUGUCAGCUCAUGUGACUUUAACAAAUUCUAUUAACGCCAAUCUUUCUAGUCACACCCUAUUGCCCGCCUGCGAGGCAGCCGUCGGUGACCUCACGCCUACUUAUCAGUUGCAAUCCUGCCCGCCCUUAACGUCACCUCUCACUCUUAAACCAGCUAGCAUCCAUAACGCUAUAGUGCCACUGUGUCAUAUUCCGGCCGCAUAUGCCAAGGUUGGCCUAGGCGCAGGUUCAAAUGGAAGAUCUGCUGAUGUUAAAGAAGAUCCUGUUGAGACCCAAAACGCUGAAUUAGUUAGCUAUACUGGCUUAUCGAGGUUCGAUCUGCCUCAACAGCAGCAAAAUAUGCAUGCUGCUCUCAAGAAGAAUAUCGACAGAAUGAGUGAGAGAGAUGAAGAAGAUAGGACGAAAACCUGUGUUCCUGAGACGAGGCAACAGUUUAUCAACUGCCUUCCUGACUUUCUCCAGGUUGCCAUUCCUGCCAGUCGGCACUCGCCUUCACUUCUCACAACCAUCUGUCCCCAGCUAAUAUCUAUGUCCUCUAACGCGCCCUCUAUCACUCAUCUUUGGCCCAGCCAGCCUCUCCAGCUCUCUACGACCUAUUCUGCACAUCUCAAGCAGUCUAGUCCCAGAGUAGAAGCCGAUCCGGAUGAUAAUCUUUCUACUGUUGUAUCAACUGCCUCAUGUCUGCCGUUCAACAAAUUUAAUCGAUCUUCGACGAAAAUGUCCACUAUGUCUUCAUGGUCGUCACCACCACCUCCAGCAUUUCAGUCUUCCAUACCCCAGUCAUCACAACCUUUCUCUUCAGAACUUCCAUUUACUGCCAUCGGGAAACAGCUUUUGAAUCCGCCUAAGGAGUCAACUCCAUCUCCUGUAUUAGCAUCGCCCUUGUUACCUUCAGCUUCAGGGGUGCCCAUAAAAUCACCUCACUGUCAGCCCAACCAUCAGCCAAGAAGCCAAUCCGCCAUGGAGCAUCGCCGUCGCUACUCUAUCUCUGCAGAUCCAAGAUAUGUCGUCAAUUUGGCUUCUGCGCCUAUUGUAGAUAAAAAUGGAAAGUUGGUGCGUAGAUCGCCUCGUGUCAGCCUCCUUGUCGAUGGUGUACGUUUUCUACUUGAUUUGAGUGCUUUACAGACUCAUCCUAACACGAUGCUGGGUCGGAUGUUUUCUACUCCCUUCGCAGCCCUUUCCAAUCAUGGUCCUCUCUUUGACUCUGUCUCACCAGCUGCUGUUCCAGAUAGACUCUCUUCCAUAGCCAACAACUCCGGUGGUUACCUCAAACACCAGUGCCAGCACCAGACUAGUGCCGACAGCAACAGUCACUGUAAUAGCGAGCAAAAUAGCCCAGGUGACGUGAGCAGUCCCUUGCUCGGACAGAGACGUGCCACUGAGGUGGUUAACUUUCACAGCUUUGAAGACACUUUAAAGGACGAGUCUUCUGCUCCAGAUUGUCUGGCUUUGGAACCAUCAUUGUACUGUCCUCAGUCUUCUUUUAAUCAACUUCAAGAGCCAUCAUCACCUCCAGUUGCAGCAUCGACUGCAGCUGCGACUUCCUCGGUCUCGUUUUCGCUGCCCUCUGAUUUACCUGUCGCUCUUGGUACUGGAAUCACAGCCGGCGUGUUUCGAGCCGUGCUUGAUUACUAUGUCCAUCCAGACCAUCUAAUGACUUGUCCCCAGGGUGUCCCAAUACACGAGCUUAAGGCGGCCUGUGACUACUUGCUUGUGCCCUUCUCUCACGAAACAGUGCGCUGCUCAAACCUACGUAAGUUUAAAACAGGAAAAAGCUUUACUGGUUUAGACUUUUAUUAG